AUGUCUUUCUCAUCGUUGGUCUCAGAUAUUGCGUACCGCAAAGAUGCGGAGCGCGGUGACGACAAGCAGUCACAGAUCUCGCGGGCCCGGUCCUACGCCAGCACCGCAGCGACAAGCGUCAGCAUCACUGGGGACAUCAAGAGCCAGCUUCACGGAGGAUAUAGCCACCCUCUUGCUCGCGCGUGGCAGGCAGAACGGCAAUUGACAAAGUCUAUGCUCAUCUACCCUCUCUUCAUAUCCGACCAGCCUGACGAAGAGACCGUUAUUCCCGCCCUGCCGAACCAGCACCGUCGUGGACUGAACAAGCUCGUGCCGUAUCUGCGACCGCUCGUAGAGAAGGGUCUAAAGUCGGUCAUACUGUUCGGUGUGCCUCUUGCACCGGGAGCGAAGGAUGCAUUAGGAACCAGCGCUGAUGACCCCAAGGGUCCGGUCAUAAAGGCCAUUCGAUUACUCCGCCGCACAUUCCCCGACCUGUUCGUGGUCGCCGAUGUCUGCCUUUGCGAGUACACCUCACACGGUCAUUGCGGUAUUCUGCGCGACGACGGCAGCCUUAAUAAUGCCUUGUCGGUAGACAGAAUCAGCGAUGUCGCCAUGGCAUACGCUGAGGCAGGUGCUCACUGCGUCGCUCCUUCCGAUAUGAAUGAUGGCCGCAUUCGAGCCAUCAAGCUCAAGUUGAUCGAGGCGGGCAUUGCCCACCAAGUCGUGCUGAUGUCUUACUCGGCCAAGUUCUCUGGUGUUCUAUACGGACCAUUCCGCGAUGCGGCAGGCUCAUGCCCGUCAUUCGGCGACCGCAGAUGCUACCAACUUCCUCCUGGCGGCCGUGGUCUCGCCCGAAGGGCCAUUGUCCGUGACAUCAACGAGGGUGCCGAUAUUAUCAUGGUGAAGCCCGCUAGCCAAUAUCUCGACAUUAUCAGCGAUGCCAAAGACCUUGGCAAGGACAUGCCCAUCGCUGCGUACCAGGUGUCGGGCGAGUACGCUAUGAUACACGCCGCAGCCAAGGCCGGUGUAUUUGACUUGAGAGCGAUGGCCGAAGAGGCAACUCAGGGUAUCUUGCGAGCGGGUGCUUCCAUUGUUGUGAGCUACUUCACGCCCGAGUUCCUUGACUGGCUGAGCGAAAACUAG